AACAACUUAAUUAAAAUGGCAAACUUUGACGUUGCCAUGUUUCCGUGGUUCGCCACCGGCCACAUAGCGCCGUUCAUCCAUGUGGCCAACGAGCUUGCCGUCAGAGGCCACAGAAUUUCAAUCCUUUUGCCGAAGAAAGCUCAAAUUCUGCUCCAACAUCUCAAUCUCCACCCCAACCUCAUCACCUUCCAUACGAUCACCGUUCCCCACGUCGACGGCCUCCCUCCCGGCGUCGAGACCGCCUCCGACAUCCACCUCUCAAAAACCCACUUGCUCGCCGCCGCCAUGGACCUCACGCGCCCCCAAGUCCAUGACUUCCUCUCCGCCGCCAAGCCCCAGAUUGUCUUCUAUGAUUUUGCUCACUGGGUUCCCGACAUCACAGCUCACAUUGGUGCGAUUUCUGUUUGCUACAGCGUCGUCUCUGCGUCGUCGUUGGCGAUCGCGCUGGUUCCUGCACGUAAUGUUCCCUGCGAUAGGACGGUCACAGUGGAGGAUAUAAAGGAUCCACCACCCGGAUACCCGUCGUCAACCGUGGUUCUUCGCGGGCCUGAAGUCCGAUCAUUGCUCUUCAUUUCUCUCCCGUUCGGAGAUGGAAUAACAUUCUACGAACGGACGACGACGGCAAUGAGAAACGCCGACGUUUUGUCCAUAAGGACGUGUAGGGAAGUGGAAGGUGAAUUGUGCGACUAUAUUGCGUCUCAAUAUAAAAAGCCCUUGCUCCUAACCGGCCCGGUUUUAUCCGAACCAACCGAUACCACCCCAUUAGAAGUCCGGUGGACCGAGUGGCUAAACCGGUUCAAGCCCGGUUCGGUUGUGUUUUGUGCUUUUGGUAGCCAACAUAUUCUCAAAAAGGACCAGUUUCAAGAACUCCUCCUAGGGUUCGAGUCAACAGAUUUUCCUUUUCUCAUAGCCCUGAAACCGCCCGUGGGAUGCGAAACCGUGGAGGAAGCAUUCCCGGUCGGGUUCGCGGAGAGAGUAAAGGGAAGAGGAAUUGUUUAUGGGGGCUGGGUUCAGCAGCCAUUGAUACUGAACCACCCUUCUGUUGGGUGUUUUGUUAACCAUUGUGGGUUUGGGUCAAUGUGGGAGGCAUUGUUGAGCAAGAACCAGAUUGUGUUGGUCCCACACUUGGGUGACCAAAUACUCAACACCAAGCUUUUGGCUAAGGAAAUCAAAGUUGCUGUGGAAGUUGAGAAGGAAUUAGAAAGUGGGUGGUUUUCAAAGGAAAGUUUGAGAAAAGCCAUAAAAUCUGUGGUGGAUGAAGAUAGUGAGGUGGGGAUUAUGGUGAGGAAAAACCAUGCAAAGUGGAGAGAUUUGUUGGGGAAACCUGGGUUCAUCAGUGGCUAUAUUGACGAGUUUGUCAAGAAUUUGGAAGAGUCGGUGCUUAAUAAAAAAUGA